AUGAGCGACGAUAACACCGACAAGCGCAGCCUGAGCAGCUACGGCGACGAGGAGCAGCUCGCCGCCUUUGGGUACAAGCAGGUUCUUCACCGCACAUGGGCCCAGUUCGAGGCAUUUAUGGCGGGCUUUGGCGCCCUCUACGUCGUCGGCGGCUCAAGGUUGCUCUACGCCUACGGCCUGUACAACGGCGGCCCCGUCGCCCUCUGGUCCAGCAUGCUCAUCACGGUCGUCCUCAUGACCGUCACCGCUGCAUCCCUCGCCGAGAUCUGCUCGUCUAUCCCUCUGAGCGGCUCGAUCUACGUCUGGGCCGCCGAGGCCGGCGGCAAGAAGUACGGCCGCUUCUUCGGCUUCGUCGUCGCAUGGUGGGCCGCAACUGCGUGGACCUCGUUCGUCGCGAGCAACACGAUCGGCACGGCCGACUUUAUGUUCAGCGAGCUCGCCGUCUUCAACACGUACUUCCCCGGCGGCCUCGACAAGACCAACGUCAAGUUCCGCGCCGUCGAGUGGGCCGUCGCCGAGGUGUUCCUCCUCAUCACGAUCCUGUCCAACCUCAUGUCGCCGCGCCGGUUCGCGUGGAUCUUCAAGGCGUCGGCCAUCAUCAUCGCGCUCGACUUCCUCCUCACCGUCAUCUGGCUCCCGAUCGGCGUCAGCCAGACGUACGGCUUCCAGUCGGCCGACUUUGUCUUCAAGAAGUUCUACAACGGCGCCGGUGCCGACGACGCCUGGACGUGGCAGCUGUCGUUCCUGUCGACCUCGGGCGUGUUGACCGGGUGGGACGCCUCAGGGCACAUCGCCGAGGAGACGAAGAACGCGUCGCUCGCCUCGGCGCGCGGCAUGUUCUGGUCGUGCGCCAUCUCGGGACUCCUCGCCUUUCCCCUCCUCAUCCUCUUCCUCUUCUGCUCGCCCGACCUCGACGUCCUGUUCGACAUCUACACGCCUCAGCCGUUCGUCACGAUCUACCAGCUCGCCCUCGGGCGCGGCGGCCAGAUGGUCAUGACGCUCGUCGCCAUCGCCGGCCUCCUCAUCAACACGUCGCUCGCCGUCACGGCCGCCUCGCGCCUCAUCUUUGCCAUCGCGCGCGACGGCAUCCUCCCUGGCUCCAAGUGGAUCGGCAAGGUCGACAAGAACGGGCAGCCCAAGAACGCCAUCAUCUUUAUCGGCAUCGUCGCCGGCGUCCUCCUCCUCACGAUCCUCCCGUCGUCGGUCGCGUUCACCUCGCUCGUCUCGUGCGGCGCCGUCCCGACCAUCGCCGCAUACGCCCUCAUCCCGGCUUUGCGCCUCAUCUUCACGCGCGGCCACUUUGCCAACGCCAAGUGGUCGAACGGCCGGUUCUCGAUCCCGUUCUCGGUCAUCGCCGCCAUCUGGAACACCUACCUCCUCGCCGUCCUCUUCUCGCCGCUCGAGUUCCCUGUCACGGGCGAGAACCUCAACUACGCGUUCGCCAUCUUUGCGUUCGUCACGGUCGGCGGCGUGGUUUCCUGGUGGGCCGUGCCCGAGUCGCACUGGCUCGCCCGUCGCGAGCUCAAGCGCAUCCACGACGCCGGCGACGGCCACGUCCCCACUGCGGUCAAGGGCGAGGCGUCGACGGCGUCGACGGGCUCGGGUACGGCCGACAAGGUCGACGAGGCGCCCAAGGCGUCCGUGCACUAG